GUGAAAACAAACUGGACGAUGCGACGCAAGCUACUUCUGAAUGAACGCAAACAUCUUGUAGUGUUACACGAGGUGUUGUGACCAUAAUGAUGGGGUUUCCCACAGCCAUGCAUCAUGCGGUUGUUCUCCAGGCCCUUUUGCUUAUAACUGUGUGUGACUGGGGGAAUGCAAAUCACAUCAAUUUCUACAACGUCAUUCCGCCCGUGGAUGCUACCCCUUUCCCAAAGAGCUUCAAGUGCUUCACCUGUGAACACGCCUUAGACAACUACAGCUGCAACCGCUGGGCUGAGGACAAAUGGUGUCCACAGAACACAAGUUUCUGCAUGACAAUCCAUCGCUUCACUGGCCUUGGCAACAGCAUAUCUGUGACCAAACGGUGUGCUGUGAGAGAGGACUGCCAUGCAGCGGGCUGUCGUCACCACAGAGACAGUGGCUACACUGAGUGUGUAUCCUGCUGUGAGGGUAUGGCCUGCAAUGUGGAAGUCCCAACCAAUCACACCAACGCGGUGUUUGCAAUGAGACGUGCCCCCAGCGGAUCGGCAUCGCCUCUGCCUUCCGGGAGGGUCUCGUUUCUACUGGUCUCUCUGUCCAUGGCACUGGUGCUGUUAUGA